UGGUCGGUCAGGUAUAACUGUAAUGUGGGUUUAUAGCCUAGGCAGUCUAUAAGUAUAAUAUUAGUAACUUAGUAAUAGUAUGAGUGAAGGUAAAGUUUGUUAAUGUAUGCACUGUAAUAGUAAAAUAUUAAAAUAACCAAAAAAUCAUUAACGUAUUUCAAGAUUUUUUUGUACACGUACAUAAUCGGAUUAGAAUUGGUAGAAAUAAAACUAGGUUAAGAUAUUUCUUCUGAAAUGGCACUGCGUGCUUUGUUGAGACCAAUCACUGCAGCAACAACCAGAUCAAACAAAAUGACUUCCACACCUAUUACUGCAGUAAUGCGAAAGCAACCAAGCUCAGACAUGGCUGCUUUCCGUGAAGUUUUCAAAAAUGCUAAACAUGUUGUAGCUUUGACAGGAGCAGGAAUAAGUGCAGAAAGUGGAGUGCCAACAUUCAGGGGUGCAGGAGGAUUUUGGAGGAGAUAUAAUGCGCAGGAUAUUGCUACUCCAGGAGCCUUUCUUGCCAAUCCUUCCUUAGUGUGGGAAUUUUACUCCUAUCGCCGAGAUCUAGUAUUAAGUAAGAAACCCAAUCCAGCUCACAUCGCUCUUGCUGAGGCUGAGAAGCGGCUGGCUGAUGAUGAUCGUCGAUUAGUUGUCAUCACACAGAACAUAGAUGAACUGCAUAAAGAUGCUGGCACAAAGAACCUAUAUGAACUUCAUGGUACCUUGUUCAAGACUCGUUGCACAAAAUGUGGCAGCAUAAAUGAAAACAGAGAUUCUCCUAUUUGUCCUGCUCUGGCAGGAAAAGGGUCUCCAGAUCCUGAUGCUGAAGAUGCCAGAGUUGUAGAAGGAGAACUACCAAGGUGUAAGAAGUGCACAGGUUUAUUACGUCCCCAUGUGGUAUGGUUUGGAGAAUCCCUAGACCCCGAUGUGUUGAUGAAUGCACAGAAAGAGUUAGACAGCUGUGACCUCUGUCUGGUGAUUGGCACAUCCUCAGUUGUGUAUCCAGCUGCUAUGUUUGCACCAGAAGUUUCUGCAAGAGGUGUACCUGUAGCUGAAUUUAACAUUGAAUCAACAUCAGGCACAGAGACUUUUGGAUUCCAUUUUGAAGGGCCUUGUGGAUCUACCUUGCCAAAAGCACUUCAUCCCUAAAUCUGAUGAAGAUGUGUUAUUAUUCAAUAGGUCCAGUGUUCAGUAGUAUGAUAGACUUCCUCCUACUGUGCCAACUUUAAGUUUUAUCCCUGUUCUAAUGGUAUCAGCAUCAGAAACAACAUAACACUGAUUAGAGAUACUUUGGUGAAAACAUGGAAUUGAUGAUGGAGAUCAAAAUCUCUUGGAUUGAACCCACAAGUUGUCCUUGAGGAGGAAGGCUCGAUACUUCUUUAGCUUAAAAUGUCAGCAAUGCUGUAGAAAUGGUAAUUAAUAUGUGGAGGUUGCAUUUAGUUUAGUAAAAAUGUCAAAUAAAUACACUUGAGUAUACA